AAAUUACCAUCCAAGUGCGCCAUCUUGUUUUUAAUGUUUCCUGUCUUGAUAAGAAGCUAGACCUGACGCUCAUGCUGAAUACCAAGGAAGCAUCAACAGAUUUAACAGAUGAUGAGAGACACUGCAUCGGGAAUCUAAUCAAUUCUGCAGUUCUAAAUUCAGAAGUGAAGGGUGGGUUAAGAUGGCCCUUGGGACAGGAGACUUCUGGUGGCAGGUUCACUGUUGUUGGGGCUUGGCACACAAAUGAUAAAAUAUUUCAGGGUUCAUCAAUGAGACUUAAGGUUCGGGAUGCAGAUCGAUUUGAUUUCCGAACUUCUGUUGGGGAAGUUACAAGAGAGGUCAGUCUGAAGAUGACUGAAAUUUCGGAACCGCUGAAGCAGAAUGAUCAAGUCGACUUGGUUACUACAAUGCUGGAAGACAACCUGAGGUUGAUAUGGGAGUGCUUCUUGGAUUGUGACUGUUCUUUCGAGUAAAUGCCCCGUACGUUGUUACUGAGCCAUUAUGCUCGUAUUUUGAUCCAUGUAUGUGCUGCAGUGUGAUGCUUCAAUAUGUAUAAAGAAGCAAUAGAUAAUGAAACUGAGACUGAAGGAGAAUGUUUUCUGUAGUGAUGGAGAUUGAACUUGAACUACAUUUGAACUAUUUUUUGUCUCCCACAUCAUCACCCAGAUUGUUACAAAAAUGAUAUAUGAUUUCUGAAUGGUUGAUGAACUUGCUUGUUAUAG